AUGGCUGCCGCUCCGCAAGAUGAGCACAAGGCAUCUGCAGACAUGGCCACUACAACAGCUUCUGAUACAGGUUCCCCUUUGCGUGAGGACUUCGAAGAAGUCGUGGAUGCCGAGCAGCCACGAGUCAAAGGCUCAGAGAUGGUCAUGAACUUGAUCGUCGGAGGACUGGGCACCGGCAUGCUGAGCCUCCCCUGGGCUAUGGCGGGCGCUUCGGUGUCCGUCGGGGUUGCUAUCAUUGUGCCACUGGGCGCACCGAACAUUUGGACCAUUAUGAUCCUCGUCGUUGGUGCAGAAAGGUACCAGGUCUACGAUUUGGGGGCCCUCCUGGGGAAACUUCCUGGCCAUCUGGGCCCAGGCAUGCAGAUCUUCACGAAUCUGAUGGUGUGGGUCGUCCUUUUUGGCUCGCUCGUCAGCUACAUCAUCAGCAUCUGCGACUCUGCGCAACCCUUCAUUGCAGGGACCUUCCUGGAGAAGCGCUGGGCCUUGGCGGGCUUGGCUUCGAUCUUGGUUCUGGCGCUUUGCUUCCUGGAUCAGAAGUAUCUCUCCUUCUCGUCUGCCGCGGCGAUCCUUGUCAACAUGUAUUUGUUGGGAUUGGUUUGCUCCGAGUACGGGAAGCGUGCCGCGCAUGGUGAGCUGCCGGCUGGCGUUUGUGGCUUUGGAUUUGCAAAGGGAUCCGUAACCAUGGUGAGCACGAUGAUGCAGAGCGUCAUCAUCCAGAUGUGCGUGCUGCCAAUGUACAAGGAGCUGGAGAACAGAUCCCCGAGGAGGUUUGGAAGGCUGCUGACUGUUGCAUUCUCCGUGCUGGCAUUGAUCUUUGUCAUUCUGGCCAUGGCGGGGUACUAUGCCUUCGGACCAUCGGUGGAGUCGAACCUCCUGUCCUCCCUGCCACGGACCACCGCCAACAACGUUGCACAGGCUGGGAUGAUACUCACCAUGGCUGCUGUCUACCCGAUCAUGAUGAUCGCUAUGAUCGCGCCGGUCAAAAACCUCCCCUUGGAGCGAUUUGGCUGGCAGGCCCAGGCGGUUCGACGCAAGUUCAUGGCCGUUUCUGGACUGAUCCUUUUCUUCGUCGUCGCAUCCUUCUUGGUGGCUCUGGAGGUGCGGAGCUUGGGACUUGUGAAUGUCCUGGACGGGGCGUUGUGCGUCGGAGUGUUCACAGCUUUGGCACCGGGUCUGGUGGGGCUGCUGUUGAUGGAUAGACGGAGCUUCGCAUGGAAAUCCGCCAUGUACCUGCUACUAGCUGGUGGCAUUGCGAUGAGCGUUCUGGGUCUUGUCUUCACGCAAAACGAGCCCGAGCUGCUUGCAAAAGCUUGCAAGCUUCCCCAUGCUGCCGAUGUGAGUAUCGGAAUGAUUCUGACAGAUCUCAGAAUCACAACAACGUGA